AUGUGUCAUUUCAGGUUCGUAGAUUUAAUAAAAGAUACAACAAAUGUGGAAUAUGUUAAACUUAUCGUAUCCUGCUUAUACUACGGUUCUGAAGAUUCUUUCAAUCGUUUUAUCCUUCAAACAGCUCUCACUAGUGCUAAUGUGGCUGGCAGGAAAUGGGCAACUCAAUUUUUAAGUAUUUUGGCAUCUCACAAUAUCAGUGAUUUCUCAGUCUGGGGGAUAAAAUUGUUGUUGGGACAACUCGCGGAUCCCUCAGCAAAAGUUGUCCGGCAUGCUUUACGUCUGUUGCAUCGUUGGAUACCACAUUAUCUAGAGAGUGUUUAUCUAAUCAAAGACAUAUGUUUCGAUAUAUUUGGUGAUGCGGGAAUUUUGUUGAAGACAUAUCUCUUCUCCAAUGAGAGUUAUGUAAAGGACAAUUCUCGUGAUGUCUUAGCAACUCUGGAUUAUUGGAAAAGGAAAUUUAAUAUGCGUUACGUCGAGAUAGUUGAUGAGGAUGUCAGAGUUGCUUUGUUGGAUUCGAAACGUUCAAUCAAUGGACAAUAUGCAAGAUCUUCAAAUGAGCGAGUUUCCAAGUUAGGUGUGCCAAUGCCAGUACAUCUUUAUGGACAGCUAGUACAACAUGACACUGGUCGUGAACUACUGCUGAGAUCGAAUGAAGUUGAUAGAUUGCUUGAUGUUUUACGUGACUCGCCUUUACCAACAGAUACUUAUCAAACAUCUAAAUUAAAAGGUGCGCUCUACGCGUUGGGGCAUAUUGUUGCCAAUCUGAAUCCAAGCCUUUUGCCCAUGGAAACAGUACCAAUUAUUUGUCGCUUUGCUGAAUGUUGUCCAGUUCUUAGUAUUCGAGGCUCAGCUUUUUGGGUCCUUAAUCUUAUUGGCAAUACACAACUUGGUUCUGUUUUGCUGUUGUCACUAGGCUGGGAAAGCAGCAAUUUUAUUAUUGGUGAGAAAAAAUCGAAUAUGUUACUACUAAAGGCAGCCAAUAUAGAUAUAAAUAAAAUUUGGAUUCGUUGCAUCGAUGAAAAACUUCCUUCGCAACAAGAAAUAAACUUGAAAACUUUUGGCGUUGAUCUUGUGAGCUCGACAUUUAUCACGAAUAAGAAUGGGACAGUUCCAUUUACUGAUUAUGGAACACUUUGGCACCGAAAAAUGAAUUGCUCAAUUGAAACUCGUCAUGUUUCUAGCUGUGUGACUUUUGAACUUGAAAGUCGAUUGUUUAAUCAUGGCAAUAUUAGUGUUAUGGAAAUGGAAGGUAUAAGAGAAGAUUGUUUAAUGGUUCGCACUCAGUUUCGCCUACCAUCAUUUUCGUUUGACACAGCGCUAAAUUAUACCGCUAUAUCAGAUAAUAAGUUUCUGUGUUUGUGUGGCUUUCUGAAUCCUCUAGAAAGUAAACACAGAAAACUUUCGAGAAAAACUGAUUCAGAAACGACAAAAUCUCGACCGGUCAACUUUUCCGAUCAGUCCAUCUCACUCCCUCUCAUUCCUGAUUUUUUUUUAAAGAACGUAUUUCUUGGUGACGAAUUCACAGAACAGAGCUGUAAUUCAUCGAUUGUUAAACACAUGCAUCAAAUCAGUAAUUGCUUCUAUUGUUCGUGGCCUGAAGAAUAUUUCGGCAGUAAAAAUGUUUUGGAAGUUGAGGUACCUAGUGAAGCAAGGGAUGAGAUAAUAUCAAUGUUUUUAUUACAAGAAUCGAAAUGUUUAAACAGUUCAAAAAAGUUGCUCAGGAAUUACUUAUCUAACCGCGAAGUUUUUUCCUCGAUUUGCCUUUAUUCAGACGUUCUGGUAUUAUUAGCCCAGCAUAAUUUCAGCUUAGAAACAAGGCGUCUGGUUCAUGAGUUAUUUGCAGAUGCUUUAAAGAAAGCAAGUUAA